CCGACAACACGCACCCAUAGCCCUCUCCGACCCCUCUAUGUGUAUGGGUGUGUGUGUGUGUUGUUGGUUCGUCGAUAUUUUCGUGGCGCAGUGUAUGCCGUUUCUCCUUCUCCAAGCAUGUGCUGGCCGAGCCAGAGGCCCUCGCUGCCAGCUCUGCGAGCGCGGUGGCGGCGGUCGUCCGCGCGGCGGCGAUGGUGGAGGCGGGGCUGCGCGGCCACUCGGGGUCUCGGCGCAUCCCCAUCUUCGACACCCCCCGGGCCGCCAGGAUGUACCUGCUGCACCGGCGGCUUCUGCCCCACCGCCAGGCGGUCCUGGCGUGCUACAUCGCCCUCGGCUUCGUGGAGCAGCCGCCGUACUGCGCCGAGGACGAGGAGCUCUGCCCGGGCGGCGCGCCCCGCGGGGAGCUCGCCGCCUGGCCCCUGGCGGUGCUGCCCCGGGCCGCGUCGCUCCUGGCGGCGCUGGUGCUGCUGGCGGCGCUGCUCGGUGACUGCGGGCUCAUGUUCGCCUCCCUCCCGCGCGCCGUCGGCGCCGAGGACGCCUCGAGCGGCUCCGACGGCGAGGCGCCGGCGGGCCGCGCCGGCCCCAGCCGGAGGGCGCCCCGCGGGCAGCGCGCCUGGGUGGCCCUGAGCUCCAGCCUGGUGGGCUGCAGCCUCGCGGAGGUCGCGGCGCGGAUGGUCGGCGUCGGCGGCUUGCCGCCGCGCCUGCAGCUGUACCGCGUGCUGCGGCCCGCCGUGUGGGCCACGCGGUACCUGUACUGCAGCGUCGGGGUAUUCCUGGCCAUAUCCACGUGGGUCGCCACGGUACUGUUUGCGGAUUUCGCGGACAAGUUUGUGAAGUACGAGAACACGCUGCUGCAGCUGUUCAUACUCAUGACGACGUCCAACUACCCAGACAUCCAGACCCCCCUCGUGAACGAGUGGUGGCCCUCGUUCCUCUUCUUCUGUGGCUUCCUCUGCUUCGGCCUCUUCGUCCUCAUGAACCUGGUGCUCUCGGACAUCUACACGGCGUACUACGGCAUACUGCAGCGCCGCGUGGUGAACAGCCUCCUCCGCAAGGAGCGCGCGCUGCAGGGGGCCUUCGACGUCCUCUCCUCCCUGGGGGCGGCCCGCUCCCCGGCGGCGGGUGCCUCCUUCGUCUCCGCAGCGGCCUGGAGCGCCUUCUACGACGAGUGGGCCCCCGGGGCCAUCCGCGACCGGGACCCGCACUCGCGCGGCCUGGGGAUCUUCGGGUGCGUGCAGGCGAGCUCCGCGACCCCCGAGGGCCUCAGCCGGGACGAGUUCUGCGCGCUCGUGCUCACGCUGGGCAACAAGCACCAGAGGUUUCUCGAGCGCCGCGAGCUCCUGAUAAGCCACUUCUUCACUCUCCUGUGGGCGACCGAGAUGUGCGUGCGGGUGUUCGGGAAGGGGGGCCUGCGAUACUGCUGGAACCGAGGGGCCCCAGCUGUGCACAGGGGAGAGCUCGUGCUGAUCGCCAUGGUCACGCUGGCUGAGGGCGUCACGCUUGCCAGGCCCUCGGAGGGCUUCUCGCACUCCUUCUGGAAGAUGCGCACGCUCCUCCGAAUGGCGAGCACCCUCCGGGUUUUCGGCCGGCGAGAAUCGGUGCAGGCCUUCCUCCAGAGCCUGGUCAGGCUGCUCCCCGCCGCGUCACUCGUCCUCAAUGCCAUGCUGGCGGUCCACCUCCUCUUCGCGGAGAUCGGCCUCCAGCUCUUCGGGGGCCUCCUCAGGCAGUCGAACGCAUCGCUGCAGCACACGCAGUGGGCCGCCCUGAGGUACUGGUCCAACAACUUCAACUCCCUCGCGUCCUCCGCCAUGGUGCUCUUCGAGCAGCUCGUGGUCAACAACUGGUACGUCGUCAUGGACGCGGCCGCCGCCGCGCUCGGCGAGUGGACGCGAGCGUACUUCGUCUGCCACUACAUCGUGGGGGUCACCGUGGCGGCCAACGUCUUCGUGGCGUUCCUGCUGAAUGCGCGGCAGGCGAGGCAGGCGGGCGCGCACCAGGACGCCGUCGCGGAGCCCUCCUCCGGCAGGUGCAGCCGGGGCGGCCAGAGCGGCAGCGGCUCGGACGGCGAGGGGAGCUCCCGCGGGCGCAGGCGCCCGCGCGCCCCGACUUCCGACAACGCCUGGGCGAACGCGCGGCAGAGCGUGGUGCACGACAUGUUCUCGGAGCAGAUCGAGCAGGUCCUGGCCAGCGGCGCGGGGGCGCAAGCCGCUCCGCGGCUCACGGCCGCGUGGCUGAACCCCAGGGGGUACAUCAAGGAUCCCGAGACCCCCGGCCUGGCGUCCGCCCUGAAGCGGAGGUUCUCCCCGAAGGCGUCGCCGCGGCCGCCGCCGCCGCAGGGGCCGCUGGAGCAGGGGUCGCCGCAGGAGUCACCCGGGGCGGGCCCCCCGCAGGUGCGCUUCGCCGCCGAUGUUGCUGGCUCGUCGUCCGAGUGAGUGAUGUGGGCGUCGCUUGGCAGCCGCGGGCUCGGCCGCGCCUGGCCGGCUGCGGACCUAGGAGGAGGAGGCGG